GCUCUAAAGGAAAGGAGGAGGAACAGAACCGUAGUGUCAUGGUUUCAUAUCAAUUGUGUAUUUAUACGGGCAUGUCAACUUCAUCUGCCUUUGUUUUGGCCUUAUUUCUAUUUCUGUUGCUGUCAGCUCAGGCUCUUCGGGCUCUACUGAAUCGGUCAUGCCUUCAGUCAAGCCCGGCACCAUAUCCGGAUCGUCCAGUCCGGCGCAGAAAAGCAUGAAACGGUGGUGGAAAGAAAGCACAGUAUACCAGGUCUACCCAGCAUCCUUCAAAGACUCCGACGAUGACGGAAUCGGAGAUUUACAAGGCGUUAUAUCCAAGCUGGACUACAUCAAAAGUCUAGGGGCCAACGUAGUAUGGCUCAACCCGGUCUUCUGUUCUCCCCAAGUCGAUAUGGGAUACGACAUCAGUGACUAUUAUAAUAUUUAUCGGCCAUACGGGACGGUCAACGAUCUCGAUCAAUUAAUAGCCGCAAUUCACGAGCGGGGGAUGAAGUUAGUCCUCGACUUAGUGGUGAACCAUACAUCAGACCAGCACCGAUGGUUCCAAGAAGCCCGUUCCUCCAAAGCCAACCCUUACCGUGACUGGUAUAUCUGGAAGAAGCCCGUAUUUGGAAAAGAUGGAAAGCCACAGCCACCGAACAACUGGAAAUCAUACUUUGGGGGGAGUGUCUGGGAAUACGACGAACCAUCCGGCGAAUACUACUUGCAUUUAUUUGCGAAAGAACAACCGGACCUGAACUGGGAGAACCCGUACGUUCGUGCGGCAGUACAUGAUAUCAUCCGAUACUGGCUUACCAAGGGCGCCGAUGGCUUUCGGAUGGAUGCGAUCAAUCUUAUCAGCAAGGAUCAGGACUACCCCAACGCGGAAGUAACAAAUCCUGAUUCGCCAUGGCAAGACGGAACGAAGCAUUUCGCAUGUGGCCCCAGGCUCCACGAGUAUCUUCAGGGUCUUGGUAAGAUUCUGAAACAAUACGAUGCUUUCUCUGUUGGGGAGAUGCCCGAAGUCUACGAUCUCAAUGAGAUGCUCAGGAGUGUCGGCGAAGAUCGUAAUGAGCUGAGCAUGGUCUUUCACUUUGAAACCGUUUCCCUCGACCAUGGACCAGGGGGCAAAUUCACGUCCCGAAAAUGGGAUCUGCAGGAACUAAAAACGAUCGUCUCGAGAUGGCAAACAUUCAUGCAUGAAAACAAUGGUUGGAACACAUUAUACCUAGAAAAUCACGAUCAGCCACGAAUUGUUUCUCGAUUCGGCUCCGACGAGCCGGAACUUCGAGUGCCGUCGGCUAAGAUGCUGGCCACUUUUCUAGGAUGCCAGAGCGGGACUCUGUUCAUCUAUCAAGGCCAAGAGCUGGGAAUGCCCAACGUGCCCAAACAUUGGGGAAUCGACCAGUAUCGGGAUAUUGAAACCUUAAACCAUUGGAAUGAGGUUACCACCAACGACCCGCAAAACACUCCGCUACACGAGACCUGUCUUGCUGAAUACAGAUUAAAGUCGAGAGAUAAUGCACGGACGCCCAUGCAGUGGGAUGAUUCUCCCAACGCUGGCUUCUCCUCCGUUCGACCGUGGCUUCCAGUUCACGAUGACUACCAGAGCCUGAACGCCGUACUUCAGGUCAACGAUAAGGAGAGCGUGUACCACUACUGGGCUAGCGUGCUGCGGUUACGGAAGGCGUACCCCGACAUACUGAUAUACGGAUCUUUCGAGCUGUUAUCCCCCGAACAUCCGGAUUUAUUUAUCUACUCCCGAACAGCUUCCUCUGGUCGAGCGAUUAUAGUUACUAACUUCCGCCCGCAUGACGUAUCCUGGUCGAUCCCAGAGAAGACUUUCAGCUCCCAAGGAGAUAUCGUGCUCUCUAACUACCCCGGUCGAACAACCCAUACCCUAUCAGAACCACCGGUCACUAUCAAGCCCUUCGAAGCCUUCGUCUGGCUCAGUGGGACCGAAACAUCACGGCUGUAAAAAGUAAUAUUAAUAAUACGAACAAUUAAUGAGCUCAUUUAGUAUAUCUCUGUUGCACAUCACUCCCAACAAUCCCCAUUCCGUUUCCCAAACGACA